CCACGGAGGGACGUGGCUCUGGGCAGGUCACUCUGGGGGAGAUGAUCUCACCCAGCAACCCCUGUUAUGGCUGGGGUGGGAUAGGGAAGGGUAGGCAUUGGUGAUCCCAUGCUUAGCAAGUCCUGUGCCUCAGCUUCCCUGGGAUAAAAGGGAGGAGACAGGGCAGGAUAUGGUUUUUGGGACCAAAGCCAUCAAGAGCUGCCACGGCACCGUCACUGAAUGGGACACCCACGAGAAGCCCUGUCCUGAUGCACCCUCCUGGCUCCCCCACAAGCCCCUCCUCUCCUUCCAGCCCCUCUGCCGCCAUGGUGGGUCUGAAGGCCCCUGAGGUGCCCCCGACGGCUGCUAUGAAGUUCAUCAGCGCAGGGAUGGCCGGCUGCAUCGCUGACCUGUGCACCUUUCCCCUGGACACCGCCAAAGUGCGGCUGCAGAUCCAGGGUGAGGUGAGGAUCCACCGGACCAUCAGCUCUGUGGAGUACCGGGGUGUUUUGGGGACGCUGAGCACCAUGGUGAGGACGGAGGGAGCCCGCAGCCUCUACAGCGGGCUCGCAGCCGGGCUGCAGCGCCAGAUGAGCUUUGCCUCCAUCCGCAUCGGCCUGUACGACUCUGUGAAGCAGCUCUACACCCCCAAGGGUGCUGAGAACACAGGCAUGGCUGCGAGACUCCUGGCUGGCUGCACCACGGGGGCUGUGGCCGUGGCCUGUGCCCAGCCCACCGACGUGGUCAAGGUCCGGUUCCAGGCCAGUGGGGCCCUGUCAGACAGUGCCCGCCGGUACAGCGGCACUGUGGAUGCCUAUCGCACCAUCGCCAGGGAGGAGGGGAUCCGCGGGCUCUGGAGAGGGACACUGCCCAACAUCGCUCGCAAUGCCAUCAUCAACUGUGGGGAGCUCGUCACCUAUGACCUCCUCAAGGACGCACUGCUGCGGGCACAGCUCAUGACAGACAAUGUCCCGUGCCACUUUGUGGCUGCCUUUGGGGCCGGGUUCUGUGCCACAGUGGUGGCAUCACCGGUGGACGUGGUGAAGACACGGUACAUGAACGCCAGCCCCGGGCAGUACCGCAAUGCCCUGAGCUGCCUCCUGGCCCUGCUCAUGCAGGAUGGCCCCGCCGGCCUCUACAAGGGCUUCGUCCCGUCCUUCCUGCGGCUGGGCUCCUGGAACGUGGUGAUGUUUGUGUCGUACGAACAGCUGCAGCGCGCCAUGGCGCUGGCACGGCCGGCCCUGGCCUGAGCCCCUCGGCGCCUCUCGCCAGCCCAGCGAGGCUCAGCAUCAAUUAUAUUAAUUGCCAAAGCGCUGGGGAGCAGCGAAACCGCACGCUUGGGGAGGGACCAGAGAGACAGAAGGAGGAAAGGAUGCUGUUUGAGGAGAAACGUGAGAGAAUGGAGGUUUUCAGAGAAGAGUUUUAAGGGAUGAAGGAAAAAAUGUUUGUUGGCUUUCCACCUGGGAAGAACUUCCCAAGGGCAGUGGUGUGGGCAGGCAGGACCAAGCUGAGGGCCAGAGAAUUCCUGUUAUUCCUUACUGGCGCUUCCAUUAAACCACCCCUAUGGGGUCUGAUCACA